GGGACACGAUCUGGGAUGGGGACACAGGCAGGACAUGGCGGGAUCUUGGACAUGGACAUGGAUGGAUCCCGGACAUGGAUGGAUCCUGGACACAGUGGGAUCCCAGACACAGCGGGAUCCUGGACACGGAGGGAUCCUGGACACAGCGGGAUCCUGGGAUAUGAGCAGAUCCUGCACAUGGAUGGAUCCUGGACACAGCUGGAUCUAGGACACAAUCCAGGAUGGGGACACAGCCCCGGACACAGCGGGAUCCUGGAUAUGGAGGGAUCCUGGACAUGGACAGAUCCCGGGAUACGGCCAAAUCCUGGACACAACUGGAUCCCAGGACAUGGACAGAUCCCGGACACAGCUGGAUCCUGGCCCCACAGCCCCCCCGGAUUCAGGGGGACCCCCGAGGAUGUGGCUGGAUCCUGGAUCCCCCUGAACCCCCCUGGUGGAUCCUGGACGAGGGGGGGAGAGACCCUGGAUCCUCCUGAACUCCCCAACUGGAUCCUGAACCCCCUCAGAUGGAUCCUGGAUCCCCCUGAGCCCCCCCCGGAUGGAUCCUGGACCCCCUGGAUGGAUCCCAGACAUGGGGGGGAAUCCUGGAUCUCCCUGAACUCCCUGGAUGGAUCCUGGAUCCCUUGGAUGGAUCCUGGACCUGGAGGGGGAAUCCUGGAUCCUCUGAACUCCCUGGAUGGAUCCCGGAUCCCCCGGAUGGAUCCUGGACAUGGGGGGACCUUGGAUCCCCCCCCAGCUGGACCCUGGAUCCCCCUGAACCCCCCGGAUGGACCCUGGAUCCCCUUGGAUGGAUCCUGGACCUGGAGGGGGAUCCUGGAGCCCCCUGAACCCCCUGGAUGGAUCCUGGAUCUCCCUGAACUCCCUGGAUGGAUCCUGGAUCUCCCUGAACCCCCCUGGAUGGAUCCUGGAUCCUCCUGAACCCCCCUGGAUGGAUCCUGGAUCUCCUUGAACUCCCUGGAUGGAUCCUGGAUCCCCCUGAUGGAUCCCGGACAUGGGGGGUGAAUCCUGGAUCCCCUGAACCCCCUGGAUGGAUCCCGGA